AUGACGGAGGAAGGCUCAGCACAGAUUGAUUUGGGCUCGCAGGACGUUAAACCGAGGCCUUUUUCGCGCAAUCCAAACAUCACAAGUCCAAAGCAACCGUCAAUUUACGAAUCCCUACCACUCACCUUAUCAGCCGAAAUGAAAGGUAUGCCAGUAUUUUGCAAUCUUGACCGUCAGGACAAGUUCAACGUCUUCAAGAGUCCGAUAGACUCAAUCCUGCUGAUGGAGGAAGCCAAAAUGUCAGUUAGCCUGUUUAGCAAAUAUACCCCCAACGCCGCAACAGCCUCAGGUGCAGUGAUGUCGAGCAGACCUUCCGACCGAAUGAUACCCGUUGUUUGGAUCGUGAAGAGAGGCAGUGUCAGAGUUGAGUUGUGGGACGCCGUCCGAAAGGAGCUGCUGUUGUGUUACGACAUCGAACAGAAGUCUCUCGUGUUGGCGCUGGUAACAGCUUAG